GCUCUUCAUCACGAAGUGCAGCAGCUGUCUGAAGGUGGUGAGCCCCUCGGAGUUCAUCAUGCGUGUGCUGGAGCACGUCUAUCACGUCAACUGCUUCUGCUGCUGUGAGUGCGAGCGGCGGCUGCAGCGUGGGGACGAGUUCGUGCUGAAGGAGGGGCAGCUGCUGUGCCGGGGGGACUACGAGAAGGAGAGGGAGAUGCUGAGCGCCAUCAGCCCCACCCCGACAGAGUCAGUGAAGAGCGACGAGGAGGGGGGAGGUCACGAGCAGGGGAAAGGGGGCGAGGACAGCAAGGACCACAAGCGUUCGAAGAGACCCCGGACCAUCCUGACCACCCAGCAGCGACGUGCGUUCAAAGCCUCGUUCGAGGUGUCCUCCAAACCCUGCCGGAAGGUUCGAGAGACGCUGGCAGCGGAGACGGGGCUAACAGUGAGGGUGGUGCAGGUCUGGUUCCAGAACCAGAGAGCCAAGAUGAAGAAGAUCGCUCGCCGACAGCAGCAGCAGCAACAGCAGGAGCAGGAGCAGCUGGGGGCCCCAAGGAGAGGGCCAAGCAGGGGGGGCCGGCAGAGCAACGAGGACAGUGAAGACGGCUCCAGUGUCCACGGGCUCGACGGCCUCAUGGUCCCGUAUCCCACGAUGCCCCGGCAGCAGCUCCUCGCCCUCGAUCAGAAUAUCUAUGGCAGCGACUCGUACCGGCAGGGGCUCACCCCCCCACAGAUGCCCGGAGACCACCUGCACCCCUACGAUUCUGAGGCAGUGUUCCACGACCUGGACAGUGACGGAAGCCUGGGUCACCUGGGAGACUGUCUCCUAGCAACGGCGGACACGGGGCUCCUGCAGGGCCGGGUGGGAAACCCCAUUGACCGGCUAUACUCCAUGCAGAGCUCCUACUUCACUUCCUGACCUGCCCAGGAAGCGCUGAGGCCUGGAGACUGGGUCGGGGGAUCUGGGUAUUCUAUUUAUCAAAACGGCAGCUUUUAAAAUAAAGACCAAGAGAUGUGGGCCAUCCCAGCACAGCCCUUUGUUUUUGUUUGUUACGUAUUGUUAUUUAGCUCAAAGGGAAAAAAGAACACCAAUUAUAAUGUCCUGGAAAAAUGUGAUGUUCCCAGCAAAGCUGUUGAUGGUGCUGGUAAAAAGCAACAAGGACAGGUUCCAACAGCUAAAGAAAAUUAAACUGUGGGCUGUCAAGUUUCUCUGCCUUGAUUAUAAAACUGGAAACUUCAAACCACAAGCCUCUCAGAUGAAAUGUCAUUUAUUCCUGGUUUGGAAUUUUUUAGAGGGGUCGUUUUUCCUUUGAUAAAACAACAGCUACGUGCUCAUAUUUGUAACGUAAAGAAGACUUGAACGAACGUUGGGCAUUCCCCUGAGGGGCUGCUGUCUGGAUGUUUUUGCUGUUUUAAUAUUCUGAAAAAAACAUUGACUUCUCAUCUGUCUGCUGGUCCACAAACCACUGACCAGGUUGAGAUGUUUUCUUUUUUCUCUUGCCCUGUCCUGACCCUCAGAGCGUUGGUGAGAGAAGGGGGGCACGUCCCACACCACCCCCUCCCCCCUCCUCCCUCCUCCCUCCUCCUCUCUUUAAUAACCUGUGCGAUGACGGAUCCCUCCGGCGAUUCUGUUUCAUGUUCUGUUUAAAGCAGUCAGGCGAGGGGAGAGCGAGCUCUCUCAGAAAGGUUUUAUUUUAACCCUUUGUGGACGGAGUAAGGCAGCUUGGACUGGUCUUCCCUUUCUUGUUCUGUGAGUGGAUUGGAGAGCCAGUGUUCUGGUGGUUAAAGUCCAGCAGGGUCUGGGUUUUAUCAUAAUAUUCUGGACUUCUGGACUGGACUCGCAUUGUCAUUUCAAUGAGUUUUCAAUCACGGUCCUGGAGGGCCAUUCCACUUCAGGUUUAACAGGUAACAUUAGCUAAUUACUUACUUCAGGGUCUGGAUUGCGGUUUACCUGGUUCAAUUAAACAAUUUAAAACAGGGUUGGAACAAAGACCCGGAGUGGAAGGGGCAGCUUUGUCCUCCCCUGUUUUCACUGAAUUGCGAGGAGUUCUGGGCUGCCGACUCAGAGUGUCGCCGAAAAUGAACCAUAAAGAGGUCAGAAGAAAGAAAGGGUGCAUUACCUGCAGCUGAAUAACUCACGCCAAUGGACCAAUCGGAUUGCUGAGACCGCCUCCUGUCAUUGUGAUGUCAUUCCCCAUGCCAGUUCCUGUUCCUCUGUGACUUGAGCCACUCCAGGUUUUACUCUCCUCACACAGCAGCUGGAGGGAGUGGGGGAGUGGAUUUCAAGCUACUCCUGACUGUUGCAGUGGAAUCGGAGACUACAGUGUCCACGGGCCCUCUUUACAAAUCUUUAGAGACUGUUUAAGGACUGUUUUUUGGUGCAGUGCAGUUAAGGGUAAUCACAAGACAUGCCAAGUGUAACCAGAAAACACAUUAGACACGAAAACGAAAGAAAGUUCGUUGGGUCUGACUAAUGGAGGACAGGAACAGAAACAUUUAAACCCUAACUGCUACACUGUCUUCUUUGCAUAGCACACAGUGCCACUGUGUGGCCAAAAAUGGUAUCAGGUUUUCAUUUGUUCAGCACUGGUGAUGGAAAAGUUUUUGCACAGGUUUCCAAUCGGUUAUACUGGUUUAUUAAUAAUAAUAAUAAUAAUAAUAAUAAUAAUAAAUAAUAAUAAUAAUAAUAAUAAUAGCCAGUUAAUUCAAUGUUUGUCGUUGUAUAAUUUUACAGUGUCUGUUGCCUACAAUGACAUUCAUUCUUGUUCAAUGGAUCUAGUUGCUUUAACCCUGCACUGUGGUGGCUGGUCUAGCGGCCAAUAGGAAAACUAGCAGAGAUGUGUUCUAAUUCCCCGGUUACAGCAGCCCCUCCAUUAUCUGAACUCGAACAAUUUCUCCCGUUUUUCCCGUUCCAGCAUCUCUCAAAGUUGAUUCCUUGUUGAGGCAUUUCGUUCAUUUUGAAUUUCGUGCUCCUUGAAAUCAAUUUGAACUCUGGCCUGUUUACUGCUAAUUAUAUCUCGAUCCUCCGAAUAAGGCUCCUUUGUAGACACCCGUUAGUUCAGAUAAUAGAGGCUUACUGUGUCAUUACUGGUAAUAGUAUAAACCAGUUUACAGAAUUAUAGAACAGGUAGCCCUCUCCUUUUCAAUGGUUAUUCAUGAAACCUUUUCUACUUAAUGCCAUAUAUAUAUUUUAAAAAGUAUUCUUUGCUUUUGACCAGCAGCUGACCAAAUGCAUCCUGCAUAUCCAAGCCAAGACCCUGAAACAUGACUGCUGGAAUUGAGUAAGCCUGGAAGUCAUACCUUGUUAUAACAGCGGCCGUGAGUAAUGUUUGAGAGUAAAGGGGGCGCUGCAGUUGCCAGCUGAUCCUGUGAAUUGCAGAAAGAAAAAAAAAAAGAAAAUGUAAAAUAAUUGUGAUCGUUUGUCCCCGUCUUGAUAAUAAUUCUUUUCAAAAAAUCUUAAAAAAAAAAAAAAAUGAAAGACCUUGUAAGUAUUUUGUAUUUUUACUGUGUGUGAGUUAAUACUGAUAUUUAUGUUGACAUGUUGUGAAGUUUUUUUCGCUUGCUGUCCAAAUAGCUGGUGUAACUCAACGAUGACGUGUGUUGCUAGUGUACUGUUUUAAUUCAGGUGACGUGUACAUUUUUAAUUCUGUAUAGUUUUCUUGUUUUGUUUAGUUUUUCAAAUGAAUACACAAGUGAAUUAAGCAAAUGCUGUAACCCUUAAAAAUGUAUUUAUCA